UCCCGGAGCGCUGCGCAGAGGAGAGGUCGCUUCACCGCCGGUUCCCGGCUCCCCGUCAUGCUGCGGCUGCUGCUCCCCUUGGCCGGGCUGGCGGCCAUCCUCCGGGCCGCGAGUAUACCCCCGAGGAGUUUUGGGAUUGAUUAUGACUGCAACUGCUUUGUCAAGGAUGGGAGACCUUUCCGUUACAUCUCAGGUAGCAUUCACUACUCCCGAGUGCCCCGGUACUACUGGAAAGACCGACUGUUGAAGAUGAAGAUGGCAGGACUUGAUGCCAUUCAAACGUAUGUGCCAUGGAACUACCACGAAACCCAGCUGGGCGUGUAUGACUUUUCUGGUGACAAAGAUCUAGAGCAUUUCCUGCAGCUCGCUAACGACACCGGUUUGCUGGUUAUCCUGAGAGCUGGCCCUUACAUCUGUGCGGAAUGGGACAUGGGAGGUCUUCCUGCAUGGCUGUUGGAGAAGAAAUCUAUUGUUCUCAGGUCUUCUGAUUCAGAUUACCUGGCAGCAGUAGAGAAAUGGAUGGGAGUCCUUUUGCCAAAGAUGAGGCCUCACCUCUAUCAAAAUGGGGGUCCGAUCAUCAUGGUGCAGGUAGAGAAUGAGUAUGGAAGCUACUUCGCUUGUGACUAUGACUAUCUGCGUGCCCUUCUGAAGCUCUUUCGCCAGCAUCUUGGGGAUGAGGUGGUGCUGUUCACAACUGAUGGUGCAAGCCAAUUCCACUUGAGAUGUGGAGCUCUUCAGGGUCUUUAUGCAACAGUGGACUUUGCCCCAGGUGGCAAUGUCACAGCAGCAUUCUUGGCUCAGCGGAGCAGUGAACCUACAGGCCCUUUGGUUAAUUCUGAGUUUUAUACUGGAUGGUUGGAUCACUGGGGGCACCGUCAUUCUGUUGUGCCCGCACAAACUAUAGCUAAAACACUUAAUGAAAUCCUGGCACGUGGUGCUAACGUUAACCUGUACAUGUUUAUAGGUGGGACUAACUUUGCCUAUUGGAAUGGUGCAAAUAUGCCCUACAUGCCACAACCCACUAGCUAUGACUAUGAUGCUCCACUGAGUGAAGCAGGGGAUCUGACAGAAAAGUAUUUUGCCUUGAGGGAAGUCAUUGGUAUGUAUAACCAGUUACCAGAAGGUCUUAUCCCUCCAACAACACCCAAAUUUGCAUAUGGGAAGGUUCGCUUGCAGAAGGUGGGUACUGUGGUGGAAGUUCUUGACAGGCUGUCACGUGCCAGACCAGUGAGAAGCACUUACCCACUAACCUUUGUUGAGCUAAAACAGUAUUUUGGGUUUGUACUGUACAGAACUACGCUUCCCAAAAACUGUACAGAGCCAACACAGCUGUCUUCACCUUUAAACGGAGUCCAUGACCGUGCCUAUGUCUCUGUCGAUGGGGUUCCUCAAGGUAUUCUUGAAAGGGACAAAUCACUUAUGAUAAAUAUAACUGGAAAGGCUGGAGCAAAUCUGGACAUCUUGGUGGAGAAUAUGGGCCGAGUCAACUUUGGUAGAUACAACAAUGACUUUAAGGGUCUCAUUUCAAAUUUAACUCUUGAUCAAGAUAUACUUGCUGAAUGGGAAAUCUAUCCUCUGGACAUAGAUGGAGCAGUGAACUGUGAUAUUAACAGCCACCUUGAUCAACCAAAGAGAUCUGUUGAUGAUCCACUGAGUUAUGAAGCACCUACUUUUUACGCUGGUACACUUUCAAUUCCUGAAGGAAUUCCAGACUUGCCGCAAGACACCUAUGUCAAGUUUCCUGGCUGGACAAAGGGGCAAAUUUGGAUCAAUGGCUUUAAUCUUGGUCGCUACUGGCCAGCCCGUGGUCCUCAGUUGACCCUUUUUGUUCCAAGGAAUAUACUUGUUUCAUCAAUGCCAAACAACAUAACAGUGUUGGAGCUGGAGUAUUCACCUUGCAGCACCCAGGCGUGUGAGAUAGAAUUUGUAGACAAACCUAACAUCAAUGGAACCACACAGUAUAAAAGUUAUGCCCCCCAGCUCUUUGCUAGAGACUUAUGGCUGAACUAUCUAUAAUGAUUUGAGUAUUCCUUUAUCUUCCCCUUUCUUCCCUUUCCCUCAACCCAUACUUCCCUUUUUUUAAAGACUCAGUUUUAAUCAGUAGGUUUUCUUUUUUAAACCUGCCAGAGUUAAAUACUGAAAUCAUCUCAAAAAAUAAAAGCUGUAGCUUCAGAA